CACACACACCCAAAGUGAGAAGGGGCGGACUGACAGAGCAAGGACAGAAACCCCAAAGGAGGGUCGGAGAGACACAGAACAUCCAGAGACAAAGGCGGGGAGAGAGACUGUGAGCCGAGCCCAGACCAGAGGGGUUAAAGUGGCGAGAGAGAGCGCGGAGCUCUCUGCGGGGACGCCGAGGGGAGUACAAAGUUUUUCUGCGUCAGGACACAGAGUGGGCAGGAGCCGGGAGGAGCGGCAGACAGGUGGGGCUUUGUGGAAAGCAGGGCUACAAGGCGACCUUGACAUGGAGAUCGGGGACCCGGAGACCCUCGAGGAUGGGGACUUGGAGGAGGACCCGGCCUCGGCCCUUCAGACUCUCGUGGACCUCACGGCCGGCAGGGUGACUCCCGUCAGGACCCUGAGAUCCCGCUAUCGGCUGGUCCGGGAGCUGGGUGCGGGCACCUACGGCCGCGUCCUCCUGGCCCGGCCCCGUCGAGGGGGUCCUGCCGUGGCCCUGAAGCUGCUCCCGCGGGCCCGCGCGUCCCGGCCCGCCUUCCUGCGGGAGUUCUGCGUGGGGCGCUGCGUCUCGUGCCACCCCGGCCUGCUGGGCGCCCUGGCGCCGCCUCUGCAGAGCCCCCGGCACUACGCCUUCGCCCAGGAGUACGCGCCCUGCGGGGACCUCAGCGGGAUGCUGGAAGCCGGG